AUGGAGUCAAAGCCAAACAAUUACACAUUUGGUAGUGUUUUGAGUGCAAUUGUGACUGGCCCAAUUAUCGCAGGUGCUCUUCUUGAUAUGUAUGCAAAGCGAGGAAGCAUUUGUGAGUCCAAAAGAGUUUUCAGUGAGACGCCUCAUAAAAGUCAGUUUGCUUGGAUUGCAAUAAUAUCUGCAUAUGCUGGGCAUGGAGACUAUGACUCAGUGAUAGAAUUGUUCAAGGAGAUGGAGAGAGAAGGGGUAAGACCUGAUUCAGUCACAUUUCUUUCUAUACUAGCAGCAGGCUGCAGAAAUGGAAUGGUGGAGAUGGGCCGUCACCUCUUUCAUUCAAUGGUGAAGGACUAUCAUAUUGAACCAUCUCCUCAACAUUAUUCAAGUAUGGUGGACAUGUUGGGACGUGCAGGGAAAUUGGAGGAAGCAGAGGAAUUGAUGAGUCAGAUCCCGGGACAGCCAGGGUUUUCAUUGUUGCAUAGCCUGCUCGGGGCUUGCAGGAUCCAUGGGAAUGUGGAGAUGGCGGAGAGAGUAGCCAAUACAUUGAUGAGAUUGGAACCAAUGGAAUCGGGUUCUUUUGUGUUGAUGUCCAACUUGUAUGCUGAGAAAGGGGACUGGGAAAUGGUGGCAAAAGAUGGCAAGCACAGUGAUGUAGAUGGCAAUGAUCAUACCCAAAAUGAAGGGAAGAAAUUGAAAAUAUCUGAUCAGUUUGAUGCCUGGUGGGUGAUAAAUUCUCAUCAAUUAGCAAAGAAAACAACGUAUACAAUUUAG